AUGUCAAAAUCAGGCACCCAAUCGUCUUGUCGCGACUGUUCCGUGUCAAAAUCAGGCUCCCAAUCGUCUAAUCGCGACUGUACAGUGUCAAAAUCGGGCUCCCAAUCGUCUUAUCGCGACUGUACAGUGUCAAAAUCAGGCACCCAAUCGUCUUGUCGCGACUGUGCCGUGUCAAAAUCAGGCUCCCAAUCGUCUUGUCGCGACUGUGCCGUGUCAAAAUCAGGCACCCAAUCGUCUUGUCGCGACUGUGCCGUGUCAAAAUCAGGCUCCCAAUCGUCUAAUCGCGACUGUACAGUGUCAAAAUCGGGCUCCCAAUCGUCUUGUUGCGACUUUACCGUGUCUAAAUCAGGCUCCCAAUCGUCUAAUCGCGACUGUACAGUGUCAAAAUCGGGCUCCCAAUCGUCUUGUCGCGACUGUGCCGUGUCAAAAUCAGGCUCCCAAUCGUCUUGUCGCGACUGUGCCGUGUCAAAAUCAGGCACCCAAUCGUCUAAUCGCGACUGUGCCGUGUCUAAAUCGGGCUCCCAAUCGUCUUAUGGCGACUGUACCGUGUCUAAAUCAGGCACCAAAUCGUCUGAUCGUGACUGUACCGUGUCUAAAUCAGGCAUCCAAUCGUCUGAUCGCGACUGUGCCGUGUCAAAAUCAGGCUCCCAAUCGUCUAAUCGCGACUGUACAGUGUCAAAAUCGGGCUCCCAAUCGUCUUGUUGCGACUGUACCGUGUCUAAAUCAGGCUCCCAAUCGUCUAAUCGCGACUGUAAAGUGUCAAAAUCGGGCUCCCAAUCGUCUUGUCGUGACUGUGCCGUGUCAAAAUCAGGCUCCCAAUCGUCUUGUCGCGACUGUGCCGUGUCAAAAUCAGGCACCCAAUCGUCUAAUCGCGACUGUGCCGUGUCUAAAUCGGGCUCCCAAUCGUCUUAUGGCGACUGUACCGUGUCUAAAUCAGGCACCAAAUCGUCUGAUCGUGACUGUACCGUGUCUAAAUCAGGCAUCCAAUCGUCUGAUCGCGACUUUACCGUGUAUAAAUCAGGCACCCAAUCGUCUGAUCGUGACUGUACCGUGUCUAAAUCAGGCAUCCACUAG